AUGGAGGGACCUUUGCCGGAUGUCUAUCUUCAUCGCCGGGGCUACAUCGAUUCUGACGACGAACAUCCUAUGUUUCUAUACACGGACGAAAUGACGCCACAGGAGAUCGACGUGCUUUUCGGAUGUAUUCGCAGUGACAGCGACAAAGAUCACUCCCUAUAUCCCUUGAAAGAUAUUUUGAACGAUGGUUGCUUCUUCUGGUCGGGAGAAUGGGACACACACAUGGACACCAUGUUUAACAAUCUCACAAAGGAGAUACUGCAAGGCUCAGCGAAAUUCCGAACCCCCAGCAUGUGGAACGAUUACUUCCACCGGCUUAACCGCAGUCACAGAGGGUCCAACGAGCGCCUCAACCAAGUCAUCCCCACCAUGUUCACUCGUCUUCACUCUCGGAUCAUCGACGGCUUUCCAGUAGACUGGAACAAACGCCGCCUUUCAGGUAUCGAAUUACUGGAGGAGUAUAGACCACGUCAAAUCGAGAAUAGGGGGGCUAUGUAA